GGGGGGCGGUUGCGGGUUCCCGGCGCCUACCCCGCUGCUGCGGGAGCUCCCGCCGCUCCUCCGGGGCCGCUCCGCCGCCUGCCCGACCCCACCGAACCCUGCCCGUUCCUGCUCUCCCUGCACCACCGCGGCUCCGGCCCCCACCCACCCACCCUAGGCAUCCAUCUCCCUGCCCGGGCGUCCCGUCGUCGUCGCCGUCGUCCCCCCCCAGGCUCCCCGCUGCGUCUCCCCGGGCAUCCCGGGGGCGCUGGCGGGGCCGGCGGCGGAGCGCGGGGCCGGGGAUGCGGCGGCCGUGCCCAUGGUGAGCCGCCGGCGAGUCCCGCCGCACCAUGCCGCCGCGGCUCCCCCUUCCUCCUCCUCCUCCUCCUCCUCCUCCUCCGAGAGGAUGUUCGAGGGCUGCCGGCGGGCGCGGAGCCUUUGGGGGGGGGUGAGGCUGGAGGUGGCCGGGGAGAACAGCCCCGUGGUGCUGCACAGCUUCACCCAGCUCGACCCCGACCUGCCGCCGCUGGAGAGCUCCACACAGGAGAUUGGAGAAGAGCUGGAGGAUGGUGUGAUCUACAGCAUAUCGCUCCGCAAAGUGCAGCUCCAUCACACGGCCAACAAAGGGCAGCGAUGGCUGGGGUUUGAGAAUGAGUCGGCCUUAAACCUCUACGAGACGUGUAAGGUGCGGACGAUAAAAGCUGGGACCUUGGAGAAGCUGGUGGAAUACCUGGUCUCAGCCUUUAAGGGCAAUGACUCCACCUACGUCACCAUCUUCCUGUGCACUUACCGGGCCUUCGCCACCACCAAGCAAGUGCUGGACCUGCUGCUUAACAGGUACGGCAAACUCCACGUGCAGGCGAAUGGGGACCACGCCAGGCACGCUGUGGACGAGAGGAUGGAGCUGAAGAACACCAUCUCCUCCAUCCUGGGUGCCUGGCUGGACCAGUACUCAGAGGAUUUCCGCAAGCCCCCAGACUUCACCUGCCUCAAGCAGCUCAUCUCCUACGUGCACCACAACAUCCCUGGCUCAGACCUGGAGCGCCGAGCCCGCAUCCUGCUGGCCCAGUUCCAGCAGCAAGAGCAGAGCGAGUCCAAAGCGGAAGCUGUGGACCAUGGCAGCUGCACCUUCCAGCUGGUGGAGGAGAACGGGGUCGGGGACGGGAAGCCAGAUUUCCUCUCCUUCUCCCCCGAGAUGGUGGCAGAACAGUUCACGCUGAUGGAUGCUGAGCUCUUUAAGAAAGUGGUGCCUUACCACUGCCUGGGCUGCAUCUGGUCCCAGCGAGACAAGAAGGGCAAAGAGCACCUGGCGCCCACCAUCCGUGCCACGGUCUUGCAGUUCAAUAGCGUGGCCAACUGUGUCAUCGCCACGUGUCUCGGAGACCGGUCCCUGAAGCCGCAGCAGAGGGCUAAAGUGGUGGAGCGGUGGAUCGAAGUGGCUCGGGAGUGCCGCAUCCUGAAGAACUUCUCCUCCCUCCGAGCCAUCCUCUCGGCUCUGCAGUGCAAUGCUGUUCACCGGCUGAAAAAGACCUGGGAUGAGGUUCUACGGGAGAGCUUCCGCACUUUCCACGAGCUCUCAGAGAUCUUCUCCGAUGAGAACAACCACUCGCUGAGCCGGGAACUUCUCAUUAAGGAGGGCACGUCCAAAUUUGCCACCUUGGAGAUCAACCCAAAGAGGGCUCAGAAGCGGCAGCAGCAGCAGCGAGAGAUGGGUGUGAUGCAGGGCACCAUUCCCUACCUUGGCACCUUCCUCACGGACCUGGUGAUGCUCGACACCGCCAUGAAGGAUUUCCUGGACGGCGGGCUGAUCAACUUUGAGAAGAGAAGGAAGGAGUUUGAAGUCAUCGCCCAGAUCAAGCUGCUUCAGUCAGCCUGCAACAACUACAGCUUCACGCAGGAGGACCAGUUCGUGGACUGGUUCCACAGCCUGGAGCGGCUCAGCGAGGCCGAGAGCUACGGGCUGUCGUGCGAGAUUGAGCCGCUGUCGGAGUCGGCCAGCAACACGUUGAAGGCGAAGAAAAACACGGGCAUCAUCAAGCGAUGGAGCGACCGGCAGCCACCGAGCACCGAGCCCUGCGCCAGCGGCAGCUCCCACUCGAAAUCCUUCGACCAGCUCAAGUGCGGGCAGUACCUGUGCAGCGGGGACGCCACCGACUCGGUGAGCGUCACCUCCGCUGGCUCCAGCAGCUCCGACGUGGAGGAGAUUAACAUCAGCUUCAUCCCCGAGUCCCCCGACUGCCAGGAGAAGAAGGUCAGUGAGAUCCCUCUGGCCUCCCUCCCCCAGCGCUGGUACACCCCGUCUGUGGCCGAUGGAGAAGCUAAACCCACUGUGUCCUCCGCAUCCCCUCUCCUCCCUGCCCUCCAGUUCUGGGAAUCCACCUCCCUCUCCUCCCUGGACACGUCGGGCAUCGGCUCAGGCUCCAGCAGUGCCUCGUCCUCUUCCGUCUCCUCCACGCCGGUGACGGCCUCCCGCACCCACAAGCGCUCGGUCUCCGGCAUCUCCAGCUACUCUUCCCUCUCGUUGCCCCUCUACAACCAGCAGGUCGACGACUGCUGCAUCAUCCGCGUCAGCCUGGCUGUGGACAAUGGCAACAUGUACAAGAGCAUCCUGGUGACGAGCCAGGAUAAGACCCCAGUCGUUAUUCGCAAAGCCAUGGCCAAACACAACUUGGAUGGGGACCGGCCUGAAGACUAUGAGCUCAUUCAGAUCAUCUCGGAGGAGAGAGAGCUGAAGAUCCCCGACAACGCCAACGUCUUCUAUGCCAUGAACUCCGCCGCCAACUAUGACUUUGUGCUCAAGAAACGAGGCUUCUCCAAGGGGGUGAAGAUCAAGCAUGGCUCCAGCUCCACCCUGCCCAGGAUGAAGCAGAAAGGCCUGAAGAUUGCCAAAGGCAUCUUCUAGCCUCAGCCCCACUGCCACCCAUCACCGACGGGGCCUUGGGGGCAGGCUGCUCCGGGCUUGGCUGCGGUCGGUCCUUGUGCCGCCCGGCACGGCGAGAGGAGCGACCCUCGCCCGCGGGGGACGGCCGUGCAUCUCCCUCCCGCACCGAGAGCUGAGGUGCUUCGUCAGCCUCCGUCUCUCUCUGCACAAGCCCCCGUUUCAAUCAGGUCUUUUUUUCUACACAGGAAAGCAGCAGGGGGGGAAUAUCUCUCUUUUUUUUUUUUUUUUUUUUUUUUUAAACCUUCCACGGUGCGACACUAGUCCAGCCGCCGGCCAGCCCAGAGCUGGAGCUCGCCUCUGCCGUAGGUGCCUUGUGUCCGCGCAAGCCGGGGAGCGGUGACUCGCAGAGGUGCCGUUUGCAAGGAGCAGAGCACGAGCCAUCACCCCGGGGCUGCAAAGCCUCCCCCGUGGUGGGGUGCUCUCCUUCCCGGCUUUCCUGGCGUUGUUUUUACCUCCACGUCCUUCCUCCCCGGGAUAACUGGCAUCGCCACCGCUGCGCAUCUCUGCCUGUCCUUCCCCCGGGAGAAGAUGCGGAUGCCCCAGGCUGGGAGGCGAGCUGGAAAGGAUGCAGCCCCGCACCGGUUGGAGGAGGAGGAGGAGGAGGAGGAGGGCUGUGUCCAUGCCGUGAUGAGCAGGUGCCUCAUGCUCUCGACAACUGGAAGCCUGCGUGGUCUCGCUCCUCUCCCUGAUCCAGCUCGUCCUCCAGCUGGACUUUUGACGGCCCGCGUUCAAACUUGCACCAAAGAUCAAACGCCAGUGUCUCUUCUACCGUCGGGGGAAGCUUUGGGCCGUGCCCCCAGCGCUGCCAGCCUAACGUGGAGGAGUAGAGCAAAUUUCUGUCCCAAUUUGUGUAAAUAGAGACCUUGGGUCUGCGCAGGUGGGUGAGGAGCCGGAGAGCUCAGGAUGGUCUGGGUGCCCCGGCUGCCACCGCCUGACCCACAGAAAGUGCCACUCACCUUGGGCUUUAACCGGACUUUUUCAAACACUGACCAUGGGAGAAGCAGCAAUGAGACUUCUUUUGUAUAAAACAAAAAAGUUUACUGAUUUUUUUUUUUUCUUCAAUAUUUAUUGGUUGUAAAUAGAAGAGACGAACUUGUACAUUUUACUAAUCUAGCCUCCCCCUGCCCUGCGGCCCAGUCCCUCUCCUCUCCCUACUCUAGUAUUUAAGGCUGCUGGGAGGGAUAUUGGCAGCAGCAGCAUCACUCUGCUGUGCUCGUGGGGUGCAGACCCUGCCAGCCCCCCCCUCAUGUCUCUACCACUAGUCGCUCGAGCAGAGGCAGAGAUGCUUGUUCUAAUCAUUGUAAGAAACACUAACCAAAGGGGGACCUUUUUUUGCUCCCGGCUCCAUCUCUUUUUUUUUUUUUUUUUUUUAAGCGCUUCCUUCCAGCACAUCUUUCCUGUUUCCCAUCUGUCCGUGCUGCUGGGUGGGUGCGGCGCCUUCCUCAGCUCCAGGGGAGGGGCCGGGGCAGCAGCAACGCUGCACAGCCAUGCUCAGGGGGCCGGAGCUGGUGGCAGGAGCUGGGCUGCGGGCCCCUGGCACCAGGUGGGGAAGAGGCUGCUUGGGUGUGAGCAUGGCCAGCACCGAGCUCUCCCAGCCCCAUGUCCCCUCAGGUGGCAUCGCCCAUCGCUGCACAUGAUGGGAGCCCCCGGCUCCCUGACGCAGGGGCAGCCUUCUGCCUCCCACCCUGCCCGAAGCCCAGCCCCUGCCCUUGGGCACCAGCACCCCAGGGUCUUCCCUCUCCUCUGUGCCUGCCAGCUCCUGCCCACCCUGGGGCCAUGCUGGCCCCCACUGUCCCUCUCCCCUCCCACCGGUGUCCCCCAGCAGCCCAGCAUCACUGGAGGGACUGGCUGUACCAUAUGUAUUUUGUACCACUUCAAUGAAGGAGCACACCACCUGGUGUGACUUGUACACAGCAAUGUAAUUAGUCUUUGCAAUAAAAUACUGAUGCUCAAA